ACGAAUGUUUCAAUUUAAUUUUGUAUUGUAAAAAAAAAAAGAAAAAGAAAGGAAGAAAAGAAAUUUCAAAGAAUUAUUUUUUCACCGUGUAGAGUAGAAAUUAAAUGAAAACAUCUGAUGGUAAGCAACAUUCUUAUUCAUCCAAUUUUAUAAUAUCCAAUUUGUCUAAUUUGACAAAUUUAGAAUGAGAUGGACCGAUCAGAAAUCUUUCCAUAUUGAUUGCAUUUCGAUCGAGAAACAGUUGCCUUUUAAGAAAUUUCUUUUACGCUUAAUUUACCACUGAAUAUCAUGUUUACCAUGCAUGGUGCAAGAAAAACAUCUAUCACGCUGUUAACCAAUAAAUGUCAAAUAGACAAUAAAAACGGCAACGAAGUAAUCGAAGGGAGAAAAGAAGAUAAAAAGAAAGAAAAUACGGAGAGCAGACAAAAAUCUAGCAAAAAGUCGCCAAUUUUUUAUUCAUUAUCGUUGAUCGUGUUGCAUGCUCUGGACGCAAUACUUUUAAUCAUUCUUUUACCAUUCAUAAUCUGGCAAUGGAUUUCUGCUAACGAUCGUUUGAAGAUCAUACUGAAAGCCGUUGUAGAAGUUACGUUAGAAUUAAUUAUGUGGGUGAUUUUCGCUGGAGUAUCAGUUCUUAUGACUAUGACAUUCGUUAUGGAAGAUCUUUAUUACGGAAAAAGCGAGCAGGAGAAAUUGACGAACCAAUUGCAAAACGCAAUGCAAAACGAGCAAACAAUGUUGAACGUGAACGAAACGGGAAAUUUGUUGAAAGAGCAAGACAAAGUGAAAACUGUUGAGAAUUGAGAUUUUUAUCCCUUGUGUACUAUUAUUUUUUUAUUAUUUAUUUUAUUGGUUUUUAAAUGAAGUUUUUUGUAUCCAACUUUUUG